AUGCAACUGCAGCGAUUGUUGGUAAUUCUAGGAGUCCUUUUGGUAUUAUCCUUGCUGGCAAGUUGUCAGUCUACCGGGAAAGUUACAUUUCAGGACAGCGCUACCGAACAUGAAGCAGAUAAGCAAGAGAAUCUCAAAGAAGUUACGUUGCAACAGAGAGGAUUUAAUCCUGUUCAACAAGUAGAAAAUUUAUUCAAUUAUAUUGGUUUUGGAACUGGACGAAAUGUUGAUCCCUAUUUGGCAAAGGUCAAUGAACGUUGCUUAACUGGUGAUUUAGCUGAAUGUUUCAAGUCACGAGCGUUAAAUUAUUUUUCGGACUUUUUCGAUCAUGUCGAAUAUUCUUUAAAUGAAAACGUUCAAGUUAAGCGAAUGUCUGAUCAAAUUGUAAGGGAAGUACAUCAUCAGUCGUACGAAUAUUCCAAUGAACCUAGAUCCGGUGAAACAGAAUGGGAUCAAAUGAUCAAUUUCAUGAAAAGGAAGUUGGAAAGGUUUGUUAAAACAAUGUCUUUUGAAUUAACCAUUCCUGAAGAGGAGACUGAUCUUAAUGAUGCAUAUAAACCGAGAUUUUUGAAUGAAAUCGCUGAUGAGGUUGAUAUACUUGAAGAUAAGAAGGAUACACUAUUUUCUCGUCAUCAACUCAGAAAAUUUGUUAUACCGUUCUUGCUUGUCGUAAAGCUUUUCAAAAUGAAACUUCUACUAUUACUGCCCUUGAUUUUGGGAUUGGCUUCAUUCAAAAAGUUUCUUGGAUUUUUGGCAAUCGUCAUACCUGGUUUAAUAGGUUUCUUUAAACUUUACAAACCGUAUCCAAGUUAUUAUCCACCAGUAUACACUAAAAACGGAGUUGCUCAACCUCAUUAUGAAUCACAUCCGAAUUUUGAUUAUCAUGGAGAUCAUUAUGGACAUAUAGAUUCCUAUGGUCAUGAUUUGGCAUAUCGUGGAUAUCAACAUUAUAAAUCCUAA